AUGAUUAAAAAAUUACAUAAAUAUUGUUUCAUUGUUAUGUGUUUAGUUGUAACCAUAACGGAAGCCUACAAUACAUACAGAAAACCAAAGAUACGUAUUUCCGAUGUUAAUUAUGGCCAAUUACCAAAAUUUGCAAAAGACUGUGAUUGUGUGUGUGGAUUAAAUAGUCGACAUAUGCGAAUAGUUGGUGGUAAUGUUACAAAAGUUCACGAAUUCCCAUGGAUGGCUGGGAUAAGUCGACAUGGAAAAUUAUACUGUGGAGCUUCGCUAAUUACUCGACGACAUUUGUUAACAGCCGCACAUUGUAUUGACGGAUUUGAUUUGGAUGGCAUUGAAAUAACGCUCGGUAAACAUUACAUAGAAACGGAUCAAAAGGAUACUGGAGCUGAAUCUGUUGGAUCGAUUCGAAUAAGUUCUCCUAUGGAACGGAAAAUUAAAUCCGUAAAAACUCAUUCUGAUUUUAAUAUAUUUACAUUUAAUAACGAUAUUGCUGUCCUGGAAUUGGAUGCUCCAGUCGAGUUUAGCGAAACAUUACAACCAGUUUGUUUGCCACCGCGAGCUGGAGCAAAUUAUACAAGUCGAUUAGGAUUGGUUACCGGUUGGGGACGCGUUGAAGAAAGUAAGCCAGCUUCAAAUCUGUUACGUAAAGUUUCUGUACCAAUAUGGUCGCGACAACAAUGUUUAGAUGCUGGUUAUGGUCGACGGCGUAUUACGGAAAAUAUGAUUUGUGCAGGCUAUCAUGAUGGAAAAAAAGAUGCAUGCCAGGGUGACAGCGGUGGGCCCAUGCAUUUGUUGGGCAAUAGCGGUUCUUUGGAAAUUGUUGGUGUUGUGUCUUGGGGUCGUGGAUGUGCCCGGCCCAAUUAUCCAGGUAUAUAUACACGAGUUGCCAAUUACUUGGAUUGGCUACAUGAAUCUUUGAAUGGUGAAUGUUUAUGCCCGCCGAAAUAUCCUUAUGAAGAAGAAUUUAGUAAUCAAUGGUAUUGGAAAAAUUAUGAUGUUACCAAAAAUUCGUCCAAAAACAAUCGAAGUCAAUCCAGUCACAAAAGGAAUGGAAAAUUUCUAUUUGAUUUGAUAUUUGGAAUUGACUCAAGUGAUGAUGAUGAUUCUUCUUCAGGUUCAAAUAGUGCCAGGCUAAAGAACUGUACAUGUGAGUGUGGAACAACAAAUCAAGAAAAUCGUAUUGUGGGUGGCCAACCAACAGGCGUGAACCGAUAUCCAUGGAUCGCAAGGCUAGUUUACGAUGGAGUUUUUCAUUGCGGAGCAUCGUUAUUAACCAGUGAUUAUGUCCUAACCGCAGCCCAUUGCGUGCGAAGAUUGAAACGAUCUAAAAUACGUAUAAUUCUGGGUGAUCACGAUCAAACGGUUACAACUGAAGCUCCAGCUAAAAUGCGAGCAGUCUCUGCGGUAAUUCGACAUCGAAAUUUCGAUACAAAUACUUACAAUCAUGACAUUGCAUUGUUGAAGCUACGUAAACCAAUUACAUUCACUAAAAAUAUUCGACCAAUAUGUUUGCCACCUCCAGAUCGGGAACCGUCGGGAUAUGAAGGAACAGUUGUAGGUUGGGGUCGUACUUCGGAGGGUGGAAUGUUACCUGGUAUUGUACGUGAAGUUCAAGUCCCAAUAUGGACUCAAGCGCAAUGUAAAGCAAUGAAAUAUCGUGCGUCUCGAAUUACAGCCAAUAUGCUAUGUGCAGGUAAAGGGAAAAUGGAUUCAUGUCAAGGCGAUAGUGGUGGACCACUGCUAAUUAAUAUUGAUGGGAGAUACGAAAUUGUUGGUAUUGUGUCAUGGGGUGUGGGUUGUGGAAGACCAGGAUAUCCGGGUGUUUAUACACGUUUGACAAGAUAUUUGAGUUGGGUUGAAAAUAAUUUACAAGACACGUGUCUUUGCGUUAAUUAA